AUGGCGACCAUCAAAACUCACGAUCUUGACUUGUCUACGCUGAAAGCAUUUGAGAACGCCGCUGCUGGCCACGAAGGCGUACUCUCCGACCCUUCUGGCGAACUGUUGAUCAAGCCAUGUACCGCGGCCGAGAUCGACUUCUACCAGCAAACUCUACAGGACCAUUCCGACUUUGCAGAGUUGAUGCCCACUUUCAUGGGCACGCUUCAAUUGGGUGCACCCACGCAAGCCGUCGAUCCGACCAUCUCCCAUGAGUUACUCGAGACCGCACAGGAUCAAAAGGACAAGCGCCUACACGGCGCAAAGCUUGCCACCGAUACUGCGAUUGUCCUGGAGAAUCUUGAGCACGGCUUUAAGCACGCGAAUGUUCUGGAUCUCAAGCUCGGCGCCAGACUGUAUCCGGAAGGCACGGCGGCAGAGAAGGCAGAACGGCUUGAGAAGGUCGCCUCCCAUACGACGAGCGCUUCGCUAAACUUUCGAAUCGCGGGUAUGAAAGUCUGGAACGGUAAGACCAUGGAUGUGUACAACAAGUUCUACGGCCGUCAGUUCACCGCGGAGAACGUCAAGGACGGCUUUUCGACUUUCUUCAGCGGCUUGCAAGCGGGCUUGGGUCGCGAUGAUGCCGCUGAGCUGCUCGAGACCAUCGAGGCGGAGAUUGCCAAGGUGCGACAUGCGCUCGAGCGGCUGGAAUCAAGGAUGUUCAGUGCGAGCCUUCUAAUUGUCUACGAAGGUGACAGCGGCGCGCUCGAGACGAAGGCGCCCACGCUUGGUGAAGUCAAGCAAAGCGAGGAGGAUGAAGAGGACGAGGAGGAACCGCCCAUAGCGUUUCAGGUUAAGAUGAUCGACUUCGCGCACGCUGCGUGGACGCCUGGCGAGGGCAAGGAUGAAAAUGUCAUCGUCGGCUUGAAGAACAUUGAGAAGCAGAUGGACGUGCUCAUCUCACGGUUUGUGGAUUGA